UUGCAAACCUACGACCAAAAUCUUACAUCUAUUUAUGAUAUAAUCUCUAAUUUGUUUUUUCAGGGUCUAUUUCCACCUCUAAACUUGCUUUUUACACCAACUCCGGAAUUGAUUGCCUUGAUUGAGAUCGAACUGCAACAAGACUACUCAAGUCCUCAUCAACAAAACUUUCAUUACACCACAGAGCACCCAAAGACCUUAACACCUUCUGAGACUCCUAAAAACCAUGAAAAACUAAAGGCUGUGGAUUCUCAAAUCUACAAGAUCACAAUUGGUCAAUGGACUCACACGCGGGUCUACCCGGAUGAUAUUAAGGCGAAAUUCUAUUUUGCAAAGAAGAGAAUUAUUUGGGAGAUUCUAGACGAUGUAGAAACAGGAACACAAGUGGAGAGGCUGAAGAGAAAGAUUGAGAGCCAAUGGUCUGAUGUCUUGUCUUUCAGAGCAACAUAUAAUUCAAAUGAUGGAGCUGGAAUACUAGAAGUCGAGUUGGGAAAACGUCCAACGUUCUUCAUAGAGACUAAUCCACAGCGGGGAAAACACACUCUGUGGAAGAUCUGUCCAGAUUUUACCCUAAAUCAGUCUGCUUCUAUAUACAGGAGACAUACACUUCAUUUUUUCCCUGGAGAUUUGCAAAAAACAUUGGACAAGCUUGUGUCCGGAGAUAGCUUCUGGUCAAAACUGGCUAAAGUCAGUUUCCCAACUCUACAGUCUCUUUACUUCGAUUUUGGCUUCGGAGACAGCAACGACGGCUUUGGAGACAGCAACAACAAUGCUGCCAUCACCUUGUCUCACUACGGACACUAUCAAACAGUUCCAGUAUUUGGUCAGGUGCCUGAGCCUGAUGUAAACGUAAACUUUAACGUACCAACUGAUCAGUUCUUCCCUAAUGAUGGGAGACAAAUGAACUCAUUUGUUCAAGACGUUGACUUCCCUGGGACGCAAGUUAUCCAACCAUCCUAUCAGUUGAUCGGGGGAAGGUACUUUAGUGGGACACAAUUUAACAAUCCGAUGAUCCAAGACCAAACGAGAAACACAAUGGAGUUACGUGGAAAUCAAGCGUAUGAACAAGCAUUACGUGAGACACAAGCUAGCUACAUGAUGUUUCAGAUGGAACCGCAUCUACAAGACUGCUUAGCUCAAGGAGGAGAUACACAGAGCAUGGAGCACAUAACUCCUGAUGGUAACUUUCAGACCAACAGCAUAUGUAAUUGUGACACAUGCCUCAUCAACAAUGGUUUAAUGCCUCACUGAUUUGUUGGUACAAGUAUGUAUACCACUAAAGGUCUAGCUUUGUCUUUCUCUGCUACAUCUUCCAUAUAACUCUUGUGUUUUUUUUUUCAAAUUUCUCUUGGGGUCUUGUAUUGCAGAAAGUGUGUAACUUCAAAACUGCAUUUGGUACAAAUUAGAACCCUAACUUCUAAAAUUCUUAUUUGCCGAUCAUUGAUUUAUUAUAUUGAAGAGGCACUAUACGUACGGUUUUCCUCAUUUAUGUGAUUUAAGUAGUUUGCUGAAUUUUGCCCCCAAAAAAAAGUAGUGUGAUGAAUUUUUAACCGGCCUGUGGGAGACAAAUAUCAUUAGCAGAUAUACCAAUGUGGAUUACAGGUUUUUGCUUGUGUUUUAGAGGAUUACAAAGAAGAUAAUAUCUUUUUCUUCUAACGCUAUGUACUAUCAGUCUAGGGUGUUUGGUCUAGUGGUAUGAUUCUCGCUUCGGGUGCGAGAGGUCCCGAGUUCGAUUCUCGGAACACCCCACACAAUAAAAUUUUAGUCCCUCCAAACUGUCACAGAGACACCUUUCUGUUUCUACAUGAUGAACACAACUCCACGCCCUAUCUUGUUUUCCCUCACAUCACCAGAACGAAGUAUACACAAUUUCUUUUACUAUUUUCCAUUUGAGAGAUACUCAGGGAAUGUUUCUAAUCAUGUUGAAUACUGUGAAACUAGACCAGAUGAAGAUUCCUUCUAGAAGACCACCAGGUAAUUAGAAACACAAGAGAAGAUCAUUAUUUAACUAAUUCAGACACAACCCCUUUUCCUGGGUCACAAGAAAAUCUCCUUUAAGAUUAAGAGCACUAGCAUGAUGAAGCAGAUAAUGACAAGAACAAUUUUAGGUUUACCUUUUGUACGUUCUGCCUAUGGAGAUUCACAAAGCGAGUCAUGAAACGUUGAGAGAGAGGGUUAUAUAUUCUGGUCUUAAACAAUUUUAGGUUUACCUUUUGCAGCUGUUUGAGUCCCAUCUUCAACUGUACUAGAAACGUUAUGGAUGCUAUUGUCAAAUCGAUCAACUAUCGUACCCUAUUACGAGAAGUUUUUUGCUUUUAAAUUAUUGUAUUUCUGGAGUAAGUGACUUAGACGCUGGAACACAAUUAAGAGUGUUAAGCCCCUUGCACGCUGAAUGUUCACUGAAAUCUCCUCAGAGACAUCAACCCAAUCUGGUGGCAACUCCACUGUUAUUGUUCCUCUACAGUUACAUAGGAGGAAGGUUUCAGCUUUAACAGCAUUUAAUAACUACUGCUCUCUUGAUAAUCCAGUAGAAACAUUGUUCUGCUUCAGACAACAACUUACGUCAAAACAAAUGUUAUUUAUCAACUCACACUAGUAGCUUUUAUGUCUCUCUUAGUUCUAUACAAAAAAGCUAUACACUGAAAUUAUUGGUGGGGGCUGCGCGGACGCAAACCCCCUCUGCCACAAAUAAUGACGUAAGCUCUUCCACUUGGGAAGACUUUAAGCUAAGCGCCCUUCCUAAGUGCAAUGGAAGUCACUAGCCUAGGCCACUCGUCUUCUUGAUCACGA